AUGUCUGCCACCAUACCGGGCCGUUUGCUGCAUACAAUCAGGACCGUUGUCAAGCCUUGCAAACUCGAUUUGAUGCUCAGGAUCCUAACACACUGUUCGUCUAUCCUUGUCCACCCUUCCGAAAACCAAACUCACUCUACGAUUAGUGUCCCCAUUCCUGGAGAGAUAUUGAACACGUACUGGCAGAAUGAUACGUGCUCGCCCUUCACUAGCUCCAUCGCAUCAUGCGAUCUCGGAAAUCGUGUUCUGUAUUCCAUCAACGUGACAGGCCCAGAUGAUGUCCGGGCUGGAGUUGAAUUUGCUCGAAGGAAGAACAUCCGAUUAGUGAUCAGGAACACUGGUAUUGACUACUUGGGUCAGUCAACCGGCUACGGCGCUCUGGCACUGUGGACGAACAAUCUCAAGUCCACCAAGAUGAUCCACAAUUAUAGCAGCACGUAUCAUACUGGCCCAGCAAUGAGACUUGGUAGUGGUAUCACUGCAGGAGAAGCAUACCAGGCUGUGCAAGUAACAGGCCAUCGUCUUGUCACAGCAGAAUGUGGGCUCACCGGAGUUGCGGGUGGCUAUGUUCAGGCUGGCGGCCAAUCGCAACUUGUCACUGCCUAUGGUCUCGCUGCAGAUCAGGUUCUAGAGUGGGAGGUGGUGACAUUGGACGGUCGACAUCUGAUCGCCACUCCUGACCAUCACGCAGACCUGUAUUGGGCGCUUGCUGGGGGCGGAGGUGGUACAUACGCCGUUGUGCUCAGCGUGACUUUCAGGGUCUUCCCAGAAGGUCCCGUGGCCGGCGGCGCGAUGACAGUGACAAGCAAGAACUCGACCGCACUGUUCAAGGCAAUCGAGCUAUUCUUUCAUCAAGCACCCUCUUUUGUGAAUGACACCCACGACAACAUCCAACUCUUCGUCACAAAUGACUCGCUCGCCAUCCUCAACAUUGUCAUGCCCGACCAAAACACCACCUCUUCCGUCGACAACCUUCUCGCAGGUUUCCUCCCAGAGCUGGACAAGCUAGGUCUUCUCUACAACCUCACAAAAACCGUAUAUCCAUCCUAUCUUAACAGCUUCAUUAGCUUCUACGGGCCGCUCCCAUAUGGAACCCUCUGUCCAACAUUCCCGAUAAUCGGAAGCCGUCUGGUUCCUCGCACCGUUGUCCAGGAUCCCCAAGCAAACCACGAUCUUAUAGACUUGUAUCGCAACAUCACGUCAGACGGAACAUGGUGGAUUGGCUGCUCGAUCCUAAACGUUGAUGAUCGUCCAGGCUCCAGUCGCCCCCCACAUCCGCCAAACUCGGUUCUUCCCGCCUGGCGUAACGCCAUCGCAUACUGUAACCCGCAAACCCAUACGCCAUACCCCUUCACAGAUCCUGCACAGGCUCGGGCGCUGAGAAGGAAACUAAUCGAAGACAUAUUUCCCCGACUUGAAGCUGCGACGCCUGGUGGAGGAAACUUGAAUGAAAUUGAUCCGACGUAUAAGGGUGAUUGGAAAGAGGUUUUUUAUGGUGAGAACUAUGAGCGGUUGCUAGAAAUCAAACAUAAGUAUGAUUCAGCGUCGGUCUUGUAUGGUCUGUUUGCUGUUGGAUCGGAUGAGUUCAGAAUUGAUGGGGAGGGAAGGCUUUGUAGUGUAUGA